AUGGCGGUUCUGCAGAUCUAUCCUCAAUGCCUGGACCCUUGCAUUGCUCUUAUCCCAAGAUUUGACAUUCCUCAAGACUAUUUCUUCUUCCUCCUGGAGUCUGCUGCGCGCCUAGUACUUGUUAUCCGCCACUUUUCCCAUGACAAUCCCACUAAGGGAUAUGGACCUCGCCGGUUUGCGUUGUUUGAGAUCUUGGAAGUAUUUGUCCAAGAAACACAAAGCCCAAGACUGCGAAGUUCAGUUUCAAAUCUCAAGAGGUUUGAGCUGUUAGAAAUAAGGGUUCCUUUCACCGAGAAUAACUGCCCUAGCCUGGCACUUGCUUACCUAGAAAUCUUUGAAGAAGUUGUCCAAGAAAAAGAAAUCCCAAGACUACGAAGUUCAGGGUCAGGUUCCAAGCUGCAUACUCGGUGA